AUGAAGGCUACCACUGCUUCUGUCUUGUUGGCGCUGUCCGCAGCCGUCAAUGGCCGUCCUACCGUCGACACCGAGUACCCCUACACGGGCCCGGAUGUCCCAGUGGGCGACUGGGUUGAUCCCACCGUCAAUGGCAACGGCAAGGGAUUCCCUCGUCUGGUUGAGCCGCCUGCCGUGAAGCCUGGCCGCGCCAACCCCACCAACAAUGUCAAUGUGAUCUCGCUGUCCUACGUUCCCGAUGGCAUUCACAUUCACUACCAGACUCCCUUUGGUCUGGGUCGCGCUCCAGAGGUCAAGUAUGGAGAGCACCCUAAGAGCCUGAACAUGGUCGCCUCGGGCUUCUCCCACACCUAUGACCGCACUCCUUCCUGUUCCCAGGUCAAGGCCGUCACCCAGUGCAGUCAAUUCUUCCACGAGGUCUCGCUCGACCACCUCCACCCCGGCACUACCUACUAUUACCAGAUUCCUGCUGCCAAUGGCACCACCGAGUCUGAGGUCUUGAGCUUCAAGACCGCCCAGAAGGCUGGUGACUCCAAAGAGUUCAGUGUCGCCGUUAUCAACGACAUGGGAUACACCAAUGCUCAUGGUACUCACAAGUAUCUGGUUCAGGCUGCUAACGAGGGUACCGCUUUCGCUUGGCACGGUGGAGAUAUCAGCUACGCUGAUGACUGGUAUUCGGGCAUCCUGCCCUGCGCCGAUGACUGGCCCGUUUGUUACAACGGUACCAGCACUACUCUGCCCGGUAGUACUCCCCUCCCAGAUGAGUACAAGCAGCCUCUUCCCAAGGGCGAGAUUCCCAACCAGGGUGGCCCCCUGGGUGGCGAUAUGAGCGUCCUCUACGAGUCUAACUGGGAUCUGUGGCAGCAGUGGAUGGGUGAUGUCACUAAGAAGAUUCCUUACAUGGUUAUGCCCGGUAACCACGAGGCUGCUUGCGCCGAGUUUGACGGUCCCGGCAAUGUCCUUACUUCUUACCUGAACGACAACAAGCCCAACACCACUGCUGCUAAGGAUGGUCUGACCUACUACAGCUGCCCGCCUUCCCAGAGAAACUUCACUGCCUACCAGCACCGUUUCCGCAUGCCCGGUAAGGAGAGCAACGGUGUUGGCAACUUCUGGUACUCCUUCGACUACGGUCUCGCCCACUUCAUCUCCUUGGACGGCGAAACCGACUUCGCCAACAGCCCCGAGUGGUCCUUUGCCGAGGAUAUCUCCGGCAACGAAACCCACCCCAAGGAGUCCGAGACCUUCAUCACUGACAGCGGUCCCUUUGGUGCUGUCGAUGGCAGUGCCAAUGACACCAAGUCUUAUGAGCAGUAUAAGUGGUUGAAGAAGGAUCUGGAGAGUGUGGACCGCAAGAAGACCCCCUGGGUCAUUGCCAUGAGCCACCGUCCCAUGUACAGCUCUUCCUUCUCGUCUUACGAGCUGCACGUCCGCCAGGCAUUCGAGAGCCUGCUGCUCGAAAACGGCGUGGACGCUUAUGUUUCUGGUCACAUCCACUGGUACGAGCGUCUCUUCCCUCUCGGCAACAACGGUACCAUCGACACUGCAUCCAUUAUCAACAACAACACCUACCGUACCAACCCCGGCAAAUCCAUGACUCACAUCAUCAACGGUGCCGCCGGCAAUAUCGAGAGCCACAGCGUGCUCAGCUCCGGACAGAGUCAGCAGAACAUCACUGCCGUCCUCAACACCAAGAACUUUGGCUUCACCAAGCUGACGGUCGUUAACUCGACUGCUCUCAAGUGGGAGUACAUCAGCGGAGAUGACGGCAAGGUUGCCGAUUCUCUGAUGCUGCUGAAGCCGGCUGGUGGGCACUACCAGGCGCCUGGCAAGAGGGCGGUCGCCUUUUAA